CAAUAACGUGACAAACAUGGAGGCCCUUAUGUGUGCGAGCGGAUGUUCUUAUGAUGUUGCCUGCAGGAGUAGAGAUUCUGAAUCAUUUACCAGCGACAAUUUUCAACUAGCGAGAAAGUAGCACAUAAUAAAACAUAAUGAAGUUACUGCACAAGUUUAUCGAUAAGGACGGAUCAGGGGACGUUACUGUCAUCCCUGAGGAGCCUGAAGACAUGUGGCACGCAUACAACCUUGUGAGUGAAGGGGACAGUCUCAAAGCCUCCACCAUACGCAAAGUCACGACAGAGUCGGCUACAGGAAGCACGGGCAGCAACCGAAUUCGCACCACACUUGUCAUCACAGUGGAGAGCAUCGAUUUUGACACCCAAGCCUGCGUUCUUCGCGUGAAGGGACGGAAUAUUGUGGAAAAUCAAUACGUGAAGAUGGGGGCCUACCACACAUUGGACUUGGAAAUGAACCGGAAGUUUACGCUGGCAAAGAGAAACUGGGACAGUGUACAUCUGGAACGCUUGGAACAAGCAUGUGACCCUGCACAAAGCGCUGACUUGGCAGCUGUUGUCAUGCAAGAGGGGCUCGCAAACGUCUGUCUUGUGACAGCCUCCAUGACACUUGUGCGGGCAAAGAUUGACGUGAGCAUACCACGCAAGAGAAAGGGGAGUUGCAGCCAGCAUGAAAAGGGACUGCAGCGGUUCUUUGAGGCUGUGAUGCAAGCCAUAAUACGCCACGUGAACUUUGACAUUGUGAAAUGCGUGCUGAUUGCCAGUCCUGGCUUUGUAAAGGACCAGUUCUUCGAGUACAUGUUCCAGUCAGCUGUAAAAUUGGAUAACAAAGUACUGCUAGAGAAUAAGGGCAAAUUCGUUCUGGUACAUGCAUCGUCCGGCUUCAAACAUUCGCUUAAAGAAAUCCUUCAGGACGGCAGCGUUCAGACCAAGCUGGCUGACACAAAGGCCGCAGGAGAGGUCAAGGCAUUGGAUCAGUUCUACCAGUUGCUGCAGACAGAGCCGAGCCGAGCUUUUUAUGGCAUAAAGCACGUUGAACACGCAAAUGAAGCGCAAGCCAUAGAGACACUCCUUAUUUCGGACAAUCUCUUCAGAUGCCAAGAUGUUGCUCAGCGAAAACGCUAUGUGGCACUUGUGGAUUCCGUGAAGGAUAAUGGGGGUGAUGUGAAGAUCUUCUCAAGUCUUCAUAUUUCAGGAGAACAACUGGCACAGCUCACGGGUGUUGCAGCUAUGCUGAGGUACCCCAUGCCAGAGCUUGAAGAUGAAGAGCUGAGCUCUGACGACGAGGGUUGAGACUAGCAGGACCAAAUAGGAGUACUUAACUUAAAUUCAUGACUAUGCACUGCACUGAAAUGCUGCAGCUUUUGUAAAUAUACGUUGUUAUGCAUAUGCAAUAAAGUGUUACGAAGCAAUG